GAUCAAAACCCCUCAUAUUUGGGUGGAAUUGACUAGUUUGGAAUUUGCCAUCAUGUUACUGUCGAAUUGUAUUGUGAUCUCACUGUCGAAUCUUCUAGUUUUGUGUUGGCUUCCUUUUUUUUUCUUUUCCUUUUUUUCUGUUUUUUUUGAAACUUAAAGCUGUAGCACCUGCCGUGUUUGAAUAUUUUAGCAACCUUGUUCGUACAGAGUGUAAAGUUCCGGAAUUCCUUCUUGUGUCUAUGGGUUAGUGAAAUUGCCCUUUGGUUUUUGAACUUGAGUCAUAUGCCGAGAGUGUGGUCGCUGGUCUUGGCGACUCCAAUACCAAUGCUGGGGCAGUUCGGACAAACAACCCUGCCCCUGACAGUGAAGCUUUGUUUUAUGCUGCAAUCACAUUAAUUAGCAUAGGCAGUAACGGGUAGCAGUUCGAAUAUUUGAUAGGUACAUCGGUGUAGGGUUGAGUUCAUUACCACCUUCCCUCAGCAGGUUACAUGGUUUUGAGAGGAAUAGCUUUGGUUACCAUGUCGAUGAUGGCAAUACGGCCACUAGUUGAUGGAGAACACAACAUCUUAUACUAAGAAUGGCGCCAAUCUAGGAGUUGUCUUUAAGGAUGUGGAAGGAUUAAUUACACCUGGUGAGAAAGUGGAAGCCAAUUUUGGUUUUACACCAUUUACGUUUGACCUUGAAGAUCGCAGAAGGCUCCUGAAAUGAAGACAUUGUGGACCAUUGAUGGCAUUGAAAUACCUGAUAAGAAUCCUUGUCUUCACUCGUUGGUUAUUGCUUAUCUUAUGCAUUAUGGAUAUAGUGAAACAGCUACUGCAUUGAUUAGGGAAUCUGCUCUUGAGGGCAAUGUCAUCUCUGCAAAGGAAGCGGAGAGUAUGCUACUUCGAAGUAUAACGACUAUUUCUCAAAUGUUGCCAGAAAUUCAGGAGGCAGUCAUGGAUGGGCAUAUUGACGAGGCAAUUGAACAAACAAAUUGCGUUGCACCUGAGGUCUUUAUGUCUCAGCCAUCAGUGCUCUUUCAUUUGAAGUGCCAGAAGUUUAUUGAGAUGAUUAGAAGUGGUGACGAUGAAGCAACUAUGACCUUUGGUCGCACUGAACUUUCUGAGUUCGAUGCUGAAUCUGAAGAGGAUAGACAACACUAUCGGGAAGUCAUUUCAUUACUGGCUUAUCCGCGCCCAGAAAGUAGCCCUUUGAGGCAUUUGAUUCUGCCCUCUCGGCGACAGUCAGUUGCAGAAUCUUUAAAUCAAGCUAUCUUGAUUUCUCAGGACAAGCCUGCACUGCCUGCACUCGAGAUGUUGCAUAAACAAAUUGUAGUAACCAAAGAAGUACUUUCACAACGGUCACCUGGUUCAGCUUCAAUGAUUAACGCCUACGAGGAGUUUCAUGGACUUUCAGAUGUAUUAAGUGGGUGAUGCCCAGAAAAUCCUUAAAGCGUUGAAGAUAAGGGAUGGGGAUGCGCUGUCGCAUUUUCACAACAGAAGCUCCUGGGUGAAUACGAUCACGAUAUGAGAGGUGCAGACAUAAAGCUGUUGUGCAAUACUGGUAGAAGUUGUGCUACAGCCAUCCCAUAUGAUGUAUUUUAGUGUAGACUUUUUUACCUUGCCUCGACAGACAUUGCACAAAUCACCCUACAACUACGCCUUGAUUUCCAAUGGCGUGUACAUGUCAUGUCUACAGCUUACUUCUCGAGAAGUAUGUGUUUACAGUGUAACCAAAGCUCUAAAAACAAUAGAAGUUGGGUUCCCACUAAGAAUAGUUUUUUUCUGUUUGUCCGGUCAAAUCCGCCGCUUUAUUGCUAACCGCAGUGAAGGCUUACAUAAUUCGCUGUCGCUUGGAGCGUUGUGGCACCUCCCAUUUCUGUGCAGUAAAUCAAGCAAAUCUAUAUUCAUUA